UGCACAUAAUCUUAAGUUAAAAGUCCUUCCCACUGCCACACAGAGACUCUCGUCGCUCAUUGAUAGUGUAUGAAGGCGAAAUCAUUCAGAAUUUGAGAUCAGGGCUGAAAAUUUAGGACUGAUUGCCUCUGCGUCUGCGUCUGCACAAUUGAAGGCCACCCGCAAAAAGGUACAUCAUAUCCCUGUAUUAAAAGGAUUAAAGGAUUGGUUUGGUUAUUUUUACAAACAGUUGAUAGGCAUUGCCGUGCUUUGUAGAAAUGAUGCGAAACAUGGCCAGAAUAAAAUCCCUGUAUACGAUUUUGCUACAUAAACCAACGCCUAGCCAUGCCUCUGUUUUUAUGUCCAUUGCUGCUGCCUUUGCCUUGAAGCAAGUCCCGGCUUUAUCUUCAGCUCCAACGCAUUCUUUUACUCCGGAGGUCUUCCUUUGGUCUUCUUCUACUAGCAGCCCACACUCGAAGUUGCAGAGCUCAGAUGAUGGCAGUUCCACAGCUAAUAGCAAAUUUGUUGCCCGUCAUGAUGAUGUUGACGACGACGACCAGGACUUAGACGACGGCAACUUGAGACUCUCCGGUUCACGUAGGGGUGAUGAGGGUCUUGCUGGAGAUGUAAAAAGCAUUGUGAAUAUAUUAAGUCUGCGAAAAUCGUUGGGGUCUGAGAUGACAAGGAAGCUUGAUGAAUGUUGCAUAGCAGCCUCAUCAGAGCUGGUGGUGGAAGUUCUUUCACGCGUUCGCAACGAUUGGGAAUCGGCAUUUGCCUUCUUCCUCUGGGCUGGAAAGCAGCCAGGCUACGCUCAUUCGCUGCGCGAAUAUCAUUGCAUGAUCUCCAUUAUGGGCAAAAUGAGAAAGUUUGACACUGCCUGGGGUUUGAUUGAUGAAAUGAGAGGUUUGUCACUUGUCACUCCUCACACUCUCUUGAUCAUGAUUAGAAAAUAUUCUUGUGUACAUGAUGUUGGGAAGGCUAUCAACACUUUCUACGCUUAUAAACGCUUUAACUUGGUGGCUGGGAUGGAUGACUUCCAUGGCCUUCUCUCCGCCCUUUGCCGCUACAAAAAUGUACAAGAAGCUGAGCAAUUGCUAUUCUGCAACAGAAAUGUCUUCCCCUUUAACACCAAGAGCUUUAACAUUAUCCUCAAUGGUUGGUGCAAUAUCAUUGUAAGUCCCCGUGAGGCCGAGAGAGUUUGGACUGAGAUGAGCAAGAGAGGUGUUGUGCACGAUGCUGUCUCGUAUUCAUGUCUCAUAUCUUGCUAUUCAAAAGCCUCUAACAUUAACAGGGUGCUCAAGCUCUUCGAUCGGAUGAAGGCAAUGAAGAUUGAGGCGGAUAGGAAAGUUUACAAUGCACUCAUUUACGCUCUUGGAAAGCGCAGGCUCCUGAAAGAGGCUAUCAAUCUCGUGAAAACAAUGCAAGACAAGGGUAUUGCUCCCAAUGUUGUCACUUAUAACUCGCUCAUCAAACCUCUCUGCAAGGCCGGGAAAAUUGAUGAGGCUAGACACAUCCUUGAUGACAUGUUGCAGCGAGGCCAUCUUCCCACAAUUCAGACUUACCAUGCCUUCUUCCGUAUUUUGAGGACUGGAGAGAAAGUGUUUGAGCUGUUGGAGAUGAUGAAAUACACAGGUUGCCACCCAAAUACUGAUACCUACAUAAUGUUGAUUCGAAAAUUUUGUCGAUGGCGCCAGCUUGAUCACGUGUUCAAGUUGUGGAGUGAAAUGAGUGAGAAUGGAGUCAAUCCUGAUCGUAGCUCAUAUAUUGUGCUGAUACAUGGGCUCUUUUUGAAUGGAAAGUUGGAGGAAGCCUACAAAUAUUAUAUGGAGAUGAAAGAGAAACAGUAUUUACCAGAACCAAGGACAGAAGAGAUGCUUCAGUCAUGGCUGUCUGGUAAGCAGAUUUCCACAUUCCAGACAACUGAUAAAGAAGGGAAUCAACUGGACUGUAGUCAGCCAGACAUGAAAACUAAUGUAAUAUCCAAUAAAUCUCAUCAGGAAAAAGAUUUCCUUCGGCAACCUGAAACUAGGAAAGUUGUAAGGGAGCGGGGGUUUUCUUUUUGGGAGCAGUAGGUUUAAAUGAAAUAAGAAAUCUCUGUGUACACAUGGUCAUGGCUGGUCAGCAACCUUCGGCAUCAAGUUUCCAUCGACUCUAUACAGGACUGAGUCAUCCUGCAGUUAGUUCACUGAUAUGGUCUAUGCUGUUGGUGAUGGCUGGUGUGUAUGACUAUACACACACUUGCGGUGGCUUUGUGGGCUGUUACGACUGACUGAGGGGCAUCCUACAGUGGCAACUUCCUUGUAAUUGCCAUGUAGCAUACAUUGGUGACAACCGUUGUGUGCUACUGUGUUGUAUUUUUCUGGCAGUUAGUGACUAGUAGGGUACAGCAUUCAAUCAAAUUAAAUUGGUGCAUAGGUGAUUUUGUGACACUGUCUGGCAGACUGAUGCUAUAGUGCUUCAGAUUUUGGUGCUGUUAGAGGAAUACUGAAACUGAAGUUUUACCAAACUUUUGUUCACCAUGGUUAGCUACUUUGGACUAUGGAGCAGCCUUUAUCAAUUACUCAUAUUCACGGUGAAGAAGCCACCUGGUAUUUAUUUAGGAGAGGAAUGCAGGCAGGGGAAGAGCAUUUGAAAUUCCAGGCUUCAUAAAGAAGAAAGAAGAAAGAAGAAAGAAGAAGGAAGAAGAAAGAAGAAAGAAGAAGAAAGAAGAAAGAAAUUUGGUUCAUAGAAUGCCAUCCACAUCUGUAUCUGACAACUUUAAUAUAAUUUGCUUUUCAAACUUAUUUGCAUGAUUUCCAGCCAAUCCCAUCAGCCCAGAUGCUCCAUCCAUUAUUUUCUUGUGUUGUCUUCUUGUGUUGUUCGAGUACUUUGCAUAUUGAAUUGACAUACUUAACAUCA